AUGAAACCCAUUCGAAAGUAUGAUACAGUGAAAGUCGGGAAAUCGUUUUACUGGACCAUUUCCCGUUAUCAGCGUCUCAAUGAUUUAUUACAUUUUUCUUUCAACUGUUCAGCUGCUCCUGCUCAUGCUCUGGUGGAGAAUGUUCCUGCGAAGAUACCGAAAACGAAAAGAGGGAUGUUGAACGGUCGUCUGAGCAUUCUCGUGAGAAAGUGCAUAAGUCGUCACGGCAGCGAGACCUGGAACGCGGUCGAGAACGAACCAGGAAGCGAAGCUCAUCGAGGGAUAGGGACGAGGAAAAGUCGAGGGACCAUGGAAGAGACAGAUAUCGGGAAAUUGACCGCAGAGGGAGCCGAUCCAAAGAGAGGGAUAGAGCUAGGGAUCGAAAGAGAAGCAAAGAACGAAAGAAAAGCCGUAGUCGCUCGCGUGACAGGAAUAGGGAAAGAAAGAGGAGCAGGUCUCGUGAUCGCCGCAGAGGUGCAUCAAGGAAAUCGGCUGGAAAAUGGUUCCUCUAUUUUUACUGCUUUGGCGUUUUCGGACUUUUCCACUCAAAAACUGUUUUCCACUGUUUUUCUUUCAUUUCGGUGGCAUUAG